CGAGUGAAUGUGAGUACCACGAAAAAACAGCAAAGGCUGAAUAAAAGGAAAAAGACAAGUCAUCAAGAACAUCGAGCGAUAUUAGGAGCAACGAUAUGCGAUAAACAACGUUCAAUAUUAACAACUUCAAUUCGCAUCAAUAUCGCAUUGAAAAUAUGGAAAUCGAAAAUAAGAAAAAAAUUUCGAUUUAGAAAGUGUCAAAUGUCAAGUGGAGUUUAUGUAAAAGUCAGUUUAUGUAAAAGAACGCCUACAUUAAAAUAAUUGUGUAAUUGACGUUGAUGUUGCGCUCUCGUAGUUUCAAUAAAACUUGUUUUACUAGAAUACCGAACAGUUUCAAGGUAAAAUACGUGUACGUAAAGUAAAGUAACUGCAGAUUGCCUGCCAAUUGACUGACCGAUCUUUCAAACACGCUGUGUAAGUAAAGUUUUAUUUUACAUAAGAGGCUCACUAUAUUAAAAUAAUUGUGUAAUUGUUGAUGUUGAUAUUGCAAUCUCAUAGUUUCGAUAAAACUCGUUUUACCGAACAGUUUCAAGAUAAAAUACGUGUACGUAAAGUAAAGUAACUACAGAUUGCCUGCCAAUUGACUGACCAAUCUUUCAAACACGCUGUUCUUGGAGAGAUUAAACACCGAGAAAGAGAGCUUCACAUCAGUCAGUGCUAGUGCGCACGUUCGGGAUCAUCAAAAUGUCGAUAAAUGUGAAUAGUGAUUUUGAUGGACCAUUUGAAAAUUCUAAACCGCAAUGGGAUAUUUUGCGAAAAUUGUGCCAUGACAGCGUGGAAUACUUCACGUCUCGUCGGAACAAAAAUAAUAUGGACCUCAAGGACGCUUUAUUACUGAUUCUGGACCAGCUGGACGAAUUGGAGCCGCUGUACGAUGAAAUAGCCAAAUUCGCGUCGCAUUUCGACUUCGACGAGAAGACUCCGGGAAAUGGAUACAGAAGUUUCCUCUCGAUAGUCGACAAGUGCAUUAUGCAUUGUGAAAAGGUUUGCCGAAGAAUGUAUCAUCAGAGGAACUUUAUGUUUUUCCGAAGGAGCUGUCACAUAAAAAAAAUAGAAGCAUGCUGUCAAUUGUUGGUGAAAAUGCACAUAUUUUUGAAAUAUUUGAAAGUAUUUUACACAUGGAGCAAAGAAGUAAUGAGCGAUGGCAAAUUGUCACUAUUCAUAAUGGAUUAUAGCGCUCAAAAUUUUCUCAACCUGUUAGAAAACAUUGAUCAACAUUGUUUCUAUGGCAGAUACUUUGGAUUCCAGUUUCCUCGUAGUUUAAAAAGGAUAUUAAAAAUGAUAGCACUUGCUAUGACAUUUUAUAGCGAAAAGUAUUAUAACAAUGGUACGGUAUUUGGACGAUGUGCUAAUUGUAUCAACUAUUUUUUGGACCCUGAAGCGAAAGCACGUCGUAUUGUUAGAAUAUCUCAGUUCGCUGAUAUUCCUUUUUUUCAAGCAUUCUGGUCCCUGUCUGAACGAAAAAUAUUCUCCAUACUAACUCCCUCGUUAACUAUCAAUCAAAUAAUAUCUGUUCCACCUGAGGAAUUAAUCUUGCCUACUCUCGAUGAUGGAACUGUUUCCAUUCCAAUACCAAAUAGUCACAUUGGGAAAAAAUCGAUUCAGCUUAGAUUGCUGAGUUCCAAACGACGUCUAGGAAUGAUCGGAUGUGAGGGAACAAGAGGAGAAUUGCAUGAUUUAUGCGACAGUCUGAUUAUUCAUACUCACGGAGGCGCAUUCAUCGCACAGACAUCGCAAUCGCAUCUAAUGUACUUGCAGAAGUGGGCUACGAUGCUCGAUGUACCAAUUUUGAGCAUAGAUUAUAAUUUAGCCCCGCAAGCUCCUUAUCCACGCGCGCUCGAAGAAAUAGUGUACGCUUACGCGUGGGCGUUGAAGCACGCGAGUACAUUACUCGGAAGUACAGCGAAAAAAGUGGUAUUUGCCGGUGAUUCUGCGGGAGGUACUUUAAAUUUAGGAGCCAUCUUAAAAUGCCUACAGUUAAAUAUCAAAAAACCAGAUGGUAUUUUUAUGGCUUACGCACCGGUGUUCAUCAAUUACAUUCUAUCACCAUCUCAUAUGCUCUUUUCCAUCGAUACGUUGUUACUGUUGGGUGUUAUAGUACGAUGCUUAAAGGCGUACGGAUCUGAUAACGAAACACUUGCAAAGGAACAUGAAGAUAAAAAAGGCGCUACAUCAAAUAUAGAAUCUCCUGCGGAAGUGAGCAAAAAUGAUCUUGCAGCAUCAAUUCCAAACGAAGACAGUGUAUCUGAUUGUUCGAUAAAAUUGACAUCUCCAACAUCCGAUUCGACGUUAAAUCCUGUCGAAAGCAUAGAAGUCGAUGAACAAAAUGACAAAUUGUGCUCUUGGUUAAAAUCCUUCCACCGAAGAAAUAAUAAAAAAGGCAAUCAACUUGAUGAAACAAAUGCGAACACACUUUCGAAAGAAAUUGUCACUUUGAUAUCAAAGGAUCCAUUCCUGAGUCCUUAUAUUGCAUCGGAUGAUAUGUUGGCCCACUUACCGCCCAUAAAGAUAUUGGCAUUACAGCUUGAUCCUUGUCUCGAUGAUUGCGUUAUGUUUGCGAGGAAGCUUCGCUCUCUUGGUAACAAAGUUACGCUGGAUAUAUUGCCGGAUUUGCCACAUGGUUUUUUGUAUUUCUCACGUAUUUCAAAAGAAGCGAUGAAGGGCGUAAAACUUUCUGCUAGAAGAAUAAAAGAAUUACUGGAGCUAUAAUUGUAUCUAAUAUUGAGAA